AUGAAGGGCACCGGUGAGGAUGACUCCGACUCGACGCGGCUCCCCACCAAGGAGGAGCUUCGCGACUUCAACCCUUCGUUCGGUAGAUGCUGCACAGCGGACAACUUUCGGCCGGACCUUGUGGGCAUGCCACAUACGCCCUGGAACCUCUCCGUCGCCGAAGUCUUCGCAGAAGAGUUCAUCAAGCAGAAGGUGCAUCCGUGCCGCGAUGAGGUGGCGAUUAAGAAGAACUUCUUGCGGCACCUCGGAUAUCUACAACAACGCAGCGUAACUCCCUGCAUACGAAGACCCCUGCGUACGAAGGCUCCUGCGUAUCAUCACAUCAGGCACAGCGACGCUGGUGGGACAGCCCGUGGCAGAAGUCACGCGCAAUCUGCGAGGACGUGCACGGCAUCGCCUUCAAUGACCGGUGUAGACCGCCACUUCGCCUUGCUCACUCGUCUCUCCCCGAGCAACAUGAGUGGUGAUGAGACCGAGGCGGCCGAGGCCACUCGCAGAACAUACCGCAUUAUCAAGGCUCGGUGGCAGAGCGCGGCGUUGAGGACUUUCCUGCGCGCUCUCGACGCCAAGCGCCGUGACCUCUGGGAGAACCCGCCUCAGCCGCGCCUUUGGUGGAAUGCGCCCCGCAUCCGCGUCGAGAGUGCGAACUCUGAGGAGGAUGGUCGUGCUCCCAUUGGCCUGUGGCGCAAUUGUUACGACGAAGAGUGGCUGCAAGCUCUCAAACCGGAGCAGCGCGAGGCCCUCGAGGUUGUCGACGAGGACUACAAUUUUGACUGGACGGUGCAGGAUGCCGCGGACGAGGCGUAG